AAAGCGAUGACGGGACCAUUGAUUCGCUAGGGAAUGCGGUCAGCAUGGAGACUCAUAACCUCCGCUAUUCCAUGUGAUACGCUCUUUCGGUUUGAUAUGCACUCUCCCCUGCCGGCGAUUUUACCACUUUGAAGAGACAAUUUCGGCGAUAGCGCAAUGAGCCAACUGCUGGUUAGCGACUGCCAAUUGCUGAAGAAGAGACUGGAGCCAAGAGACUGGAAUUCGGGUGCUAGGAAUGUGGGGUGGCGUACACUCGGGCGGCAGGCCAAUGUGGAGGUCCCGGUACCGGAGCUCCCCCAGUUUGGCCUCCGCAAUCGUUACUACGUAUAAGAAGACACGGGGAAUCUCUAAUACUACGUAUUGCUCGUUGGUUCUCAGUAUCAUUGUACGCAGACCAGAUUCGAAACGCACAACCUAACCUCAGUUGAAAAUGUCUACCGGAAGCAAGGAACUUUGGGAGAAGGGUCUUCAAAAUCGACGUGAGGUCGUAGGGGGAACAUACGUUGACAGUGCUUUGAAGAAUGGCUCCAGUGAAUUUGCAUUCGCAGGACAGCAAAUGGUCACAGAAUGGGCAUGGGGAAACGUGUGGUCCCGCCCAGGUCUCGACCGGAAACAACGGAGCCUGCUGAACAUUGGCAUGCUGAUGAGUCUGAGGUCGUGGCCUGAAUUCGGCGUCCACAUUCGCGGCGCCAUCAACAAUGGCCUUUCCGAGUUGGAGAUACGAGAGGCUAUCCUUCAUGCGUCUGUUUAUCUCGGAUUGCCCGCUGGUGUCGAAGCUUUCAAGGUCGCCGAACGGACUUUGAAUGAUAUGGUCGAAAAGGACGGCUAUCAGAGAACUUUGGGUCAUUUGUCACCAGAAGCUCAAACGAGUUGAACGUCGUCAUAUGCGGGUAAUAAAAGCCUAGUCAAUUGGAUGGUCCCUUCCAAAGUACACAUCGCGUCGUCGAGGGAUCAGGCUUCUGCUAACGUCUUAUCUUGACUUCGUGAUACAUUGAUG